CCCUUUUUUUUUUUUUUUUUUUUAAUUCCUCCUCGGCAUGAUCUCCACUCCCUUUUCAGAUCGCCACAGCAGCGCUAGCGCGGAGGUGCAAAAGGAAGAGGAGAGGAAGUUCAAGGAGGUGGGCGAGGCCUUCAGCGUAUUGUCGGACCCCAAGAAGAAGUUGCGCUACGACAGUGGACAGGACCUGGAGGACGAGGGCAUGAACAUGGGCGAUUUUGACGCCAACAACAUUUUCAAGGCGUUCUUUGGCGGUCCGGGAGGUUUUAGUUUUGAAGCUUCCGGGCCAGGGAAUUUCUUCUUCCAGUUCGGUUAAGUGGUCUGCUCUCCCGCUAGUCCGGCACUACGUCAGGACUUGUUGACGCACGCCACCCCUCUCCCCACUGACCCGCCGUCUGUAUCCUUGAGCAGAUACGGAUCCUUGUCAUCUCCGCCAUCGACUCAAUGCAACCACACGUACAGACACGCACCAACCAAACACAAACUUGCCGUACAUGGAAGACCUUUGAAGUGAACGUCGUGCAGCUACUCUUUUUUUUUUUUUUCUUUUUUUUUUUUUUUUUUGAAGGGGUCCAUGGGGGAAGAAUAGACUACUUCCCCGCUCUGCAUGAAACUGCAAUCGCCAUUUUCUGAUUUGAAGUAUCUGAUAGGGACGGUCGUGAAAUGGCAUCCAAGCCAGUGGGAGUGGCCAUCGUGUGUCUGAAAUAAACACUUUUUAUAUUUGAUGUUGCCAUCCACAGAUUGCUGCGUUGCACAUGUGACUGGAAUGUAUCAUUUUGGUUUGUGAUUAGUUAGUUUUUUUUUUUUUGGAUCGUAUUUUGAUAUUUAUUGUCUUUUUUUCUUUUUCGCCGCGCCAGUCACAGCUACUUAUCCAAGCAACAAAACACAUGGAAAAUAGAAUUUUCCGACCAUUAAAAUGCAACACAACGAAAGGAUGGGAACAUGUUUAGAAUGUUGUCUAUGGGACGGGUCCAGACAUACUUCUUGUUGACGUUGAUAAGGUGGGAGAAAUCAGGGCGUCCUCGCCUAUAGUGUCAUUGUCAUUUUGGUGAAACCUUCCUGUUUUUAUCAACCGUGUCAAUAAAGUCGAGGCCUCAUCUGUCUCUA